AGAGCUCCUCGGGCCGCCCGUGCGCAUGCGCGGGGGGAGGGGGGGGGGCCGCCCGGGCGGCCGCCGAUGGCUCGUGCCGUGGCGGCGACAGGCCCGCUCGCCGGCGGCGGCGCCGAGGAUGCCAGGCGGAAGCGGCCCGUGUCCGCGCGGGAGCGGAUGCUGCUGUGGCUCGUGGGGCGGCCGGCGCGACCCACGGGCCCUUCGCGCACAUGGGCCCCCUGGAGCACAGCCUCGUCGUCGCGAUGUUCUGCACCCUGUCGGUCUGCCUGGCGUUCGCGGCGCUCUACGGCUGCCUGAACCCCGACGCCUGCGGUGCCGAGCGGGCGCGCCGCGUCGGGUUCGAGCAGGAGGCUGCGGAGCUCCGAGACGAGAUCGCGCGCCUGAGCCAGUGACCGGACGGCAAGCACAGGCUGCGCGCACGAGGGGGUGGUGGGAGGCGGGGGCCCCCAAGCCGUGCGGCGAGCCCACCGUGGGGAUUGGGGGUGGCUGCGCGGCCCUGGGACAGGGGUCGCUCGCCAAGGACGCUUUCGGGCGACUGUGGCCUCCAGGGCACCACGACCGCGUGGUGACGGGCCGUCGAGCGGUCCUUGGGAAGGCGGGGGGGCUUUGCAGGAGGGGC